AUGGCAGCAGCGUUAAGAAGUGUGCUAGCAGCGAUGCUACUGCUAGCAAUUCCAGCAGCACUCGUAGAUGCUCAGUUCAAGUGCCCCAAGAACCGUGGACAGUUUGAGGAUCCGAUCCAGUGCGACAAGUACUAUGUGUGCGAUGAGGGCGAAGCCACGGAAAAGCUCUGCCCGGACGGGCUCGUCUUCGAUCCGACGAUCAAGCUUAUCAACAAGUGCGACCAACCGUUCAACGUGGACUGUGGCGAUCGGUUCGAGCUGCAACCAGCCCAGGGCACUACCGACUACUGUCCGCGCAAGAACGGAUUCUUCAGCCAUCCGGAUCCAUCGAUCUGCAACGUCUUCUACAGCUGCAUCAAUGGAGAAGAGCUAGAGAUGAGCUGUACCGGUGGACUGCACUUUGACGAGAAGUCUGGCACAUGCGUAUGGCCGGAUGUAGCUGCUCGCGAGGGCUGCGGUAGCAAUGCCAACAAGAAACUUAACGACGGGUUCCAGUGUCCCAAGGAGACGCGCUACGACAAGAACGGACAGGUCAUUACGCACCCGAACUAUCCACAUCCGACCGACUGUUCCCGGUUCUACUACUGUCUGAACGGUAUCGAACCGCGCCUUGGUCAGUGCGACGCCAAGAUGGUGUACAACGAGGACCUGCAGCGUUGUGACGAUCCGGAGAACGUCCCGGAAUGCAAAGACUGGUACAAGGAAGAGGAUGCUACCAAGAACUGAUGAACCUGGCCGACUGUUGCGCCAUCAUUCUGCGUGCCGUGA